UCUCCAUCUUGGAAUUGGGAGGAAGAGGGAGAGGGGAGAUCGGGACGAGACCAGGGCUGUGUUGCGGAGAGGCUGUGACGGAAAAGAAGCGAGCGAGAGAGAGAGGGUGCGGGGACCUCCUGCAGCGUCUUAGUUACAAUUUUGCCAUUAUCCUGGGAAGAGAGAAGGGAAAAGGGAGAAGACCGGGGCGGGAGUAAAGGCUGUCACCCUCAGAUCCUGCCGUGAGAGGGGCCGAGCGGCCGGACGUCCUCGAGGUGGGCUCCCCUAUCGGAGGCCGAAGAUCCGGGUUUCAGGCUCUUGGGUCCCAAAUUUUCGGGUUUGGCCCAUCGCUUCUCUCAUAUCCGGCUCAGCCCCUCAGAUUUCAGAUAUCCGGAACUCAGGUCCCAACCUCUCCAAACCUAGGGCUCUCUCUCAUAGGAUUUCAAAUAUCUGGGAUUCAGGCCCCUCGGUGCACCCGUGUCCGGGUUCAUUCUCCAGGUUUUCAAAUACAGAAUUCAGUCUCCCGCGCUCAAAUAUUCGGGGUUCAGACCCCCACAAUCAGAAAUCCGGGAUUCGGCGACUGUCGCCCUCGAGGAGAAGGAGGACUGGACCGCGAGGUCAGAUCAGGUUGUCACCCCCUCCCCUCCAGGGGAGGCUUCCCGGGCCCGCCCCUCAGGAAGGGCGAAAGCCGUGGAAGAGGUGGCAAGGGGAAGGGUCUCCUUGCCCCUCUCCCUGUUUGGCAGAGCCGCUGGAGGACCCCAGGAGGAGGCGGAGGCGCUGGGGCAUCAUAGUGACCCCUUCCAGGCCAGGCCCCACCCUAAGGGCCCCCGGGGGUCACCAUGCCGGCCGGGGGCCGGGCUGGAAGUCUGAAGGACCCUGAUGUUGCUGAGCUCUUCUUUAAGGAUGACCCUGAAAAGCUCUUCUCUGACCUCCGGGAAAUUGGCCAUGGUAGCUUUGGAGCUGUGUACUUUGCCCGGGAUGUCCGAAGCAGUGAGGUGGUGGCCAUCAAGAAGAUGUCCUAUAGUGGGAAGCAGUCAAACGAGAAAUGGCAGGACAUCAUCAAGGAGGUGCGGUUCCUGCAGAAACUCCGGCAUCCCAAUACCAUUCAGUACCGGGGCUGUUACCUGAGAGAACACACAGCUUGGCUGGUGAUGGAGUAUUGCUUGGGCUCCGCUUCUGACCUUCUAGAAGUGCACAAGAAGCCCCUUCAGGAGGUGGAAAUUGCAGCCGUGACCCAUGGAGCCCUUCAAGGCCUAGCUUACCUGCACUCCCACAACAUGAUCCAUAGGGAUGUGAAGGCUGGAAACAUCCUCCUAUCAGAGCCAGGCCUGGUGAAGCUGGGGGACUUUGGAUCUGCAUCCAUCAUGGCACCUGCCAACUCCUUCGUGGGCACCCCAUACUGGAUGGCUCCAGAGGUGAUACUGGCCAUGGAUGAGGGGCAGUACGAUGGCAAGGUGGAUGUCUGGUCCUUGGGGAUAACCUGCAUUGAGCUGGCGGAACGGAAACCACCGCUGUUCAACAUGAAUGCAAUGAGUGCCUUAUACCACAUUGCACAGAACGAGUCCCCCGUGCUCCAGUCAGGACACUGGUCUGAGUACUUCCGGAAUUUUGUUGACUCUUGUCUUCAGAAAAUCCCUCAAGACAGGCCAACCUCAGAGGUUCUUCUGAAGCACCGCUUUGUGCUUCGGGAACGGCCACCCACAGUCAUCAUGGACCUAAUCCAGAGGACCAAGGAUGCUGUUCGGGAGCUGGACAACCUACAGUACCGCAAGAUGAAGAAGAUAUUGUUCCAAGAAGCACCCAAUGGUCCUGGCGCUGAGGCCCCAGAGGAGGAGGAGGAGGCAGAGCCCUACAUGCACCGGGCUGGCACACUGACCAGUCUUGAGAGUAGCCAUUCAGUGCCCAGCAUGUCGAUCAGCGCCUCCAGCCAGAGCAGCUCUGUCAACAGUCUAGCAGAUGCCUCAGACAAUGAAGAGGAGGAGGAGGAGGAAGAAGAGGAAGAAGAAGAGGAGGAGGAAGGCCCUGAAGCCCGGGAAAUGGCCAUGAUGCAAGAGGGAGAGCACACAGUCACCUCCCAUAGCUCUAUCAUCCACCGGCUGCCGGGCUCUGACAACCUGUAUGAUGACCCCUACCAGCCAGAGAUGACUCCAGGCCCUCUCCAGCCACCCACAGCCCCAGCUCCUACCUCUACCACCUCUUCUGCCCGCCGCCGGGCCUACUGCCGCAACCGGGACCACUUUGCCACCAUUCGUACAGCCUCCCUGGUAAGCCGUCAGAUCCAGGAGCAUGAGCAGGAUUCAGCUCUUCGUGAGCAACUGAGUGGCUACAAGCGAAUGCGACGUCAGCACCAGAAGCAGCUGUUGGCCCUGGAGUCACGGCUGAGGGGUGAGCGGGAGGAGCACAGUGCCAGGCUGCAGCGGGAGCUCGAGGCACAGCGGGCUGGCUUUGGGGCUGAGGCAGAAAAGUUGGCACGACGGCACCAGGCCAUUGGUGAGAAGGAGGCACGGGCUGCCCAGACUGAGGAGCGGAAGUUCCAGCAGCACAUUCUUGGGCAACAAAAGAAGGAGCUGGCUGCCCUGCUGGAGGCACAGAAGCGCACCUACAAACUUCGGAAGGAGCAGCUGAAGGAGGAACUCCAGGAGAACCCCAGUACACCCAAGCGGGAGAAAGCUGAGUGGCUUCUGCGGCAGAAGGAGCAGCUCCAGCAGUGCCAGGCAGAGGAGGAGGCAGGGUUGCUACGGCGGCAGCGCCAAUACUUUGAGCUACAGUGUCGCCAGUACAAGCGCAAGAUGCUGCUGGCUCGUCACAGCUUGGACCAGGACCUGCUUCGGGAGGACUUGAACAAGAAACAGACCCAGAAGGACUUGGAGUGUGCACUGCUGCUGCGGCAGCACGAGGCCACGAGGGAGCUGGAGCUGCGGCAGCUCCAGGCCGUGCAGCGUACACGGGCUGAGCUCACCCGUCUGCAGCACCAGACCGAGCUGGGUAACCAGCUGGAGUACAACAAGCGGCGUGAGCAGGAGUUGCGGCAGAAGCAUGCGGCCCAGGUUCGCCAGCAGCCCAAGAGCCUCAAAGUACGUGCAGGCCGGCGUCCCCCAGGCCUCCCGCUCCUCAUUCCUGGGGCUCUGGGACCACCCAGCACAGGCACCCCUAGAGAAGAGCAGCCCUGUUCAUCUGGCCAGGAGGCAGUCCUAGACCAAAGAAUGCUGGGAAAGGACGAGGCAGCAGUUCCAGAGAGAAGGAUUCUGGGAAAGGAAGGGGCCACCUUGGAGCCAGAGGAGCGAAGGAUUGUGGGAGAAGAAUCAGGAAGCCCUAGUCCCAGUUCACAGGAACAUAGAAGUCUAGCUGAUGAGGAAGUUUGGGAUCUACCCAAGGAGGAGGUAGAGCAGCUUAGAGUCCCUUCCCUGACAUCCCAAGAAAGGAGCAUCGUGGGCCAGGAGGAGGCUGGGGCAUGGGAGCUGUGGGGGAAGGAGGAUGGGAGCCUUCUGGAGGAGGAGUUUGAACUAGGCUGGGUUCAGGCCCCAGCUCUGACCCCAGUCCCUGAGGAGGAGGAAGAAGAGGAGGAGGGGGCUCCAAUUGGAACCCCCAGGGAUCCUGGGGAUGGCUGUCCCUCCCCAGACAUUCCCCCCGAACCACCUCCAACAUAUCUGAGGCCCAGCCCUGCCAGCCAGCUCCCUGGCCUUCUGUCCCAUGGCCUCCUGGCUGGCCUCUCCUUUGCAGUGGGUUCCUCCUCAGGCCUUUUGCCUCUAUUGCUGCUGCUGCUCCCGCUGCUGGCAGCCCAGGGCGGGGGUGGUCUGCAGGCAGCACUUCUGGCCCUUGAGGUGGGACUGGUGGGCCUGGGGGCCUCCUACCUUCUGCUUUGUACAGCUCUGCACCUGCCUCCCAGUCUGUUCCUAAUUCUGGCUCAGGGUAUUGCACUGGGAGCUGUCCUGGGCCUGAGUUGGCGUCGGGGCCUUAUGGGUGUGCCUCUGGGCCUUGGGGCUGCCUGGCUUCUAGCUUGGCCCAGCCUGGCUCUGCCACUGGUGGCAGUGGCAGCUGGGGGCAAGUGGGUGAGGCAGCAGGGUCCCCGGAUACGCCGGGGCAUCUCUCGACUCUGGUUGCGGGCUCUGUUACGUCUGUCGCCCAUGGCCUUCCGGGCCCUGCAAGGUUGUGGGGCUGUGGGGGACCGGGGCCUGUUUGCACUCUACCCUAAGACCAAUAAGAAUGGCUUCCGUAGCCGUCUCCCUGUCCCUGGGCCCCGACGGGGUAGUCCCCGAACCGCCCAGCACCCACUGGCCCUCUUGGCAAAAGUUUGGAGCCUGUGCAAGGGCUGGAACUGGCACCUGGCACGGGCCAGCCAGGGAUUAGCCUCCCACUUACCUCCCUGGGCGAUCCAUACACUGGCCAACUGGGGCCUGCUUCGGGGUGAACGGCCCAGCCGCAUCCCCCGACUGCUGCCAAGAAGCCAGCGCCAUCGGGGGCCCCCUGUCUCCCGCCAACUACCACCAGGGACUCUAGCUGGGCGGAGGUCCCGAACCCGCCCAUCCCGGUCCCUUCCUCCCUGGAGGUGACCAACUCCAGCCUUUCCUCAGCCCAAAACUAGAGCAUUGAGCACUUUAUCUCUCACUACUCAGUGAAGUUUCCCUAGAACCAGGUCCUCCUCCCUUCAGUGUUCUUCACCAGCCAUUGGACCUCUAGCCAGGUUGCCCCUCUACCGUGGAGUCAGGGAGUUCCACUCUGUCCUGACGCUGCUCCUACCCUAAGUUAUUGCUGUCCUCCCGCUGUGUGUGUGUCUCAUCCUCACCCUCCUCACCACUGGCCCGGGGCCUCAGGGUGGUGGGUGGGAAGAGUCACAGCGUGUUUUCUCCUCUUUGAUUUUGUUUUUCUGUCUCCCUUCCAACCUGUCCCCUUCCCCCCACCAAAAACAAAGAAAAAGACAAACACAAAUAAAAUAUCUGAGCGGAACUGUACCUUUGG